UCUAUGGCCUCUGCAUAACAUUGGCGCCCUCUAUACUGACGCCAAAUAAACACCGGUUAGCGGCUAGUGCUCCCAGGCCCCAAGCCCGCCAUAAUUUUCUUUUUGGCCUUUGCUUUAUCGUUGGCUGUAAACAAUCGUAUUUGCCUUUGUAGGUGUAUAUUAAAUUAACUAACAUGUCUGAUGAUGGAUCAACAGUAGUAGAGAAGAAAGGACGUGGUAGACCCAAAUCUAAUGGCACACAAUCGGACACUAAAGGAGAUUCCAAGAAAAGAGGGAGACCUCCAGCAGCCGCAGCUAAGGUUAAGGAAUCCAAAAAUUCAUCUGAUGAUGAACAGGCUCCAGUAGCUAAAAGAGGAAGAGGCAGACCUAAGGGUUCCAAGAAGAAAGCAGCAGCCCCUAAAGCAAAGAGUGGUUCAGGUGAAGGGCGAGGUCGUGGCAGACCGCGCAAGGAUGCAGCUCCUCCAAAGAAAGAUGCAGCAUCCUCUGAAGAGGAGCAAGAAGAUGAAGAAGAGGAAGAGGGCUCCGACCAGUAAUCACGAUUGUUCGUCAUACAACUUUUAGUGUAAUUUGGUUCUCAUUGUAACCCCUUUGUGAAUCAGAAUGUUUGGUGACUAUGACAUCCUGUGUCAUGCUCUUUAGCUUUUUUGAGGGGUUACCAUGAUAACACAAGUCUCCAACAACAUUCUCCCAAACUUUAUUCAUGUGAGCAUAUUUAAAGAAAUGAUUAUUAGCAGAUUUUAAGAAGUCCUCUUUGUGAUUUUAUUGCAUUUACUUGAACUACUUUAAACAAUAGAACCUUCUUACAUGGCUAAAUUUUGGGUAGACUUAGCUCUCCCUAGAAACGUACAACUUAAGCUAUAAUUUGUAAGAUCCUUUUUUUGUAGAUUUAUUCUAUUUCUAUUAUAAUAGGUAUUUUGUAAUCAUCUGAUUUAUAUUGUAAGAAUCAAUACAACUUUGUAGAUUUAUUAAUUUUGACUUAAAAGUCAAGUAUUAUUUUCUUUAAUAAAUAUUUCAUUUACA